CUGAUUGCAAAAAAAGUGAAAAUGCUUGGCUAGCAGCUGCUUCGAAAAAUUCUCAACUGCAGCAGAAACAAAACCAGCAUAGCUAUUAAAACCAAACACUUAGGAAAUAAAAUUCUGUUUGAAAAUAAAUUACCUGAAAAUGUAGUUGGACUGCGUACACGGUUUUGUCUGUUUUGGAGAGCUAACAGCUUGUUAGCUGCUCGUGGUGAGCAGGUAGCGGUGGCACGGAGCUAGGUCCGGGCAGAGCAGGGGUGCGAUGGAGUACCACUCCGGUGGCAGCCUGCCCCUGCUGGGGAGACCGCGGUACUGCCCCGGGGCCAACGCUAACGGAGGUUACCUGUGUGAGACGGGACACUGCUGCGGAGAGACCGGCUGCUGCACCUACUACUACGAACUCUGGUGGUUCUGGCUGCUGUGGACCGUCCUCAUCUUGUUCAGCUGCUGCUGUGCUUACCGACACCGUCGAGCCAAACUGAGAGUUCAGCAGCAGCAGAGACAGAGAGAGAUCAGCCUGCUGGCCUACCACGGAGCCAACUCCUACCCGUCAUCCAUGCUGGACCUCAGUUUCUUAGCAUCGCUGAAGCUGCCGUCCUACGAGGAGGUGGCGGCUCAACCCUCAACCCCUCCUCCACCCUACAGCUCCGUGUUCACCACCCCACGUUACCCGCAGCCCCCCCGCACCGCCGACCCCCACCUGCUCACGCAGCACGACCCGCUGCUGCACCGGCCGCUCAGCGACGGUCCAUCCUCCCUCAGCUCAGACAACAGCUCCAGUUGUUCCUGUGACUCCUGCUGCCCCUCCUCUCCAUGUAGCUCCUCCUUAUCGGCACCCGUCACGUACGAGACUGACACAAGCCAUGCCACCACGCCCAGCGAAGCUGCGCCCCUCACUCUCGAUGUCACCAUGGAGACCAUCACUGCGGUGGCAACCUGUUUGGAGGCAGAUGAGAGACGAUUUGUUUCUGAGAGAAUGGUUGCCUCAGUGGCCAUUGACAUCGGUGAUGAGGACGCUGCCAAGGCAGAGGAAACUGUUGCUACGGACUCAUCUGUUCCCAACAAGGCUGUUACUGUGGCGGUUGUUACCCGGGUGGCCUCACCUCAGCCUCUGCCCUCUCCUGGUUCAGAGGUGGCUCUUCCUGUUGUAACUCCAUCUCCCACAAAGCAACAGCUCGACCUAGCACCAUCUACCCCAAUAGUCAGCACAGGUAGCCCAGUUACACUCCCUAGCCCAAGUGGUCUUGACACCACACUCCCCCUCAUCCAAGUAAUGAGCACUGAAGGUCAAGCUGAGGGCCCCGAAACUACCCCUGCCCCCAAAAUCACCUCAAUGUCAGGCCCUUCUACCCCAACAGCCAGCACUUCUGACAGCACCAAAACCCUCAAAACCCUCGAUCUAACGGGAUCUUUUGAUACAGCCAAUGUUCCCAGUAGCCCAACCUCAGUACCAACUCCAGAUGUUGGAAGAACUUUGGCCUUAAUAACAGGCUCUGCUGGUCUUGCAAGCCCAGACCCAAAUCCUAGCCUUGUGCCAGUUCCGGCACCCUCAAACCUUACCCAAGCUCCAGUACUUGCAAACUCUACCCAAGUUCUUGAAACAGUACCCACAAAUCUUAUCCCUCUUCCAGUCCCAGUACCUUCAGACCUUACCCAUUUUCCAGAAGCAGUACCUUCAAACCAUACCCAAGCUCCAGUCCCAGUACCUUCAAACCAUAACCAAGUUCUAGAGCCAGUACUUACAAACCUGAGCACGCCUCCAGUCCCAGUAUCUUCAAACCUUACCCAAGUUCCAUUCCAUGUACCCUCAAACCUUACCCAAGAUCCAGAACCAGUACCUUCAAACACUACCCAAAGUCCAGAACCAUUACCUACAGACCUUAACCCCCUUCUAGGCCCAAUACUUACAGACCUGACCCAAGCUUCAAACUCAGUAUCUUCAACCAUUACCCUUGUGCCAAACCUGCAACCCAAAAUCCCCAUAGUCCCAGACUCUGAAACUAGCCUCAUUCUAAAACCUGCACAUUCAAACCUUGUCCUUGCUACAGAUGCGGCUACUUUAGCCCAUUGCCAGAUUCCAGAACUGUCACCUGGGUUGGGUCAAGCCCCGGUUCCUCAAAGCCCAACAUCAAGCUUGCCCCAAAACCCAGGGUCUGUCACUCUUCUCGUAUCUUGUCCAGAUUCAGCCUCAGUGCCAGCCAAGACAGGUCCCUCUUUGGUUCUGUCUCAAUCGUCAGAGUCAGAACUUACCCGACCAUUACCAACAAAUGUCCAGGUCGGUACUGGAUCAGACCAACUGUCCGCACCUGCCCCAGUGCUCACUUUGCCAACACCUGUGUCCUCCCCUUCUUCCUGUCCAGCCAUAACCAUAGAGUCUGAAUCUUCCUUCACUCCCUCUCCUCCUGCAGCCCUCUCCCAAUCUUCACCCCCAUCUCUUCCUUCACCUCCUUCCCUCGCCACCCCUCCACCCACAUCCUCUACAUCCCUCCAAGCCCCAGCUUUACUCCUAGACCCCCUCACUGCAAUGCACCAGUCCAACAAAGGCGGAUCUUCCUCUGGCCACGCUUCCUCCCUCUCCCCCUCGCCUCGUGCGACUCAGUCUCCUCCAAAACAGACUCUCUUUUCCCCCUGCGUGGAUGUCUUUGAACCUGGACCUCCCAGCUGGGACGACGGAGACGAGGAACAGGAUGACGAGGACAAUGAUGAUGACGAAGAUGAGGACAUGGGAGCCGAUGAGAGCCAGUACAGACAUCGGAGACUUACUGGCGACUCCGGCAUCGAGGUGUGCAGGUGUCGGGUAGAGGAGGAAGACGAUGAGGAAGAGGAAGAGGAGAAAGAAGAAGAUAAAAGGGAUAAAAAGGGAGGUGGAAACACUGAUCUCCAUGACAGUGUGGACUGUCCUGCCAGGGGUCAGAUAACCACAGGUGAAGGACUUAUGCUGUGCAACUCCACCUCCACCACCACACCAACAUCCGAAGAUGGCAGCGAAGUCGUCAUCGUCAUGGAGACGGUGUGAUUGACAGAAGUGCGUGUAUCAAACCAUCCAGACAAGGGAUGAAGUUAUGAUGGUGUCCUCCCUUGAAUUUUUUUUUUUUUUUUUGUUCUAAAGCGGGGAGGUUUUGACGACUGUGAUUGUGAAUCAGUUAUGUCACAUUAAUGAAUAUCACUCAUUCAGCAUCCGUUUGUCACACCAGCAGAGGUGCCAGAUGUUAGGAAAAGUUUCAACAAGAAGCAGCAGCUCAUUGCAACACGGUUUCUGCAUCUGUGGUUUGGAAUUUUAGCCAGAUGUGGUUCAGAAGUUUCUGCAUGUUGAUGCAGAUUGAAUCCACAAAUACUGUGCUACAGAACUGGUGUCAGCAAUUUGUGAAAUGUCAAGAUUAGGAUGCCUUAUUCCCAUUUUGAUCCCAACAAAAGUUUUGCAGUUUACUCACAUUAAGCAAUCCACCAUUAAUUAACUUUGGAGAGUUGUUUAUGAACCGAGAGCGAGCUGUAGCAGCUUGUUGUGAAGCGUAGACCCAUUCAGUCGUGUUGUCAGUCAGGGUGAAUGAUCUGAAAGGGUGAAUUUGUUUUUGGAGGUUAAGGUGACACAGCUUUAGUGACUAACUUUUGGCUCUAGUCUCCAAAAGUGAUGUGAUGCUUAAGAAUAGUCCAUCAAAGAUAAUCUCUGGAGUAACAUUUAGUGUUUUUCAUUGAAAGAGGACUCAAAACUUUGAAUUAACUUCCUUCUUCAUGAAACAAUACUGAUGUUUCAACUGGAACUCCACUAAUUUUGCAUUUACCCGGCAGAAAAGGUCCUAUAAAAGACACUGUUUAAGUGGCAUUAUGGAAAGUGAGAUCCAGUCACUAAAACCUUGGCCUUUACACUCUCGAAAAAAAUUAUCCAUUUUGUAAAUAGAACUUGGAAACUCAAAUUUUUCUGAAAUCCAAUUUUGUGCAUAUUAAUUCAGACAUCAUUACAGGUGAUUAAAUGCUUAUUUAUGGAUAUAAUUCUCUUUGUUCAUCCAGGGUGGGGUUUUUUUAACCCACACAUGACCAAUUCUGAACUCAUACAACCGUCUGGUCCAAUGACGUUAACAAGUCAAAAACAUGAAUCUUUCCCUUUGCCGCGUGAAACAAGGUCGCCUCAAAGUGCAUCACACCCUCUGACAGAAAUGACGCUUUCUGUCUUACGUCCGUCCUUUGCAAACAACACAGGAACUUUAAAUAGUUGACAGCAGAAGACACUUUGUUUGACUUGGGUAAUGAUGUAGGUUUGGAAACGUGCCGGAGACAAACUGGCUGUUUUGGAAGCGAAGAUUGACUGAUGUAGGCGGGUGAUUCACUCUGACUGACAGAGGGAAGACUGAUUCAUUCAUUUGAGGGGACGUUUUGAUGAAGAAGUCUGUCAGGAGAGCGGAAUUAGGUGGGUAGUCUCUGAAACGGGAGAGACAGUUUCUCAGAUUUGAUCCUGCAGGGAAGGUUUCAGGGUUGUCAGAUCGGUUGGUUUUCUGUGCGUCAGUCUUUCGGCACAGAAAGCGUUUGCAUAACUGGGAAUCAACAAUGGGCACUCUUAGACAGAAACAAAGCACCAAACAAGAGACAGGAGCACGUCAUCAUUCCCGUCUUUGUCUCUUUUGAGAUCAGAAACAACAAUACGCUGUUAACAACGCAAAAUCUACAUUCAGUCUGAAAUAUUCUCUUUCACUUUGUGCAUCUCUCCAUUUACAGACACAUUACUUUUUUUCCAUUCAGAACCUUUAAUUCUACUGAUUGAUUGAUCAAUUAACGGACUACGUUUACAAAAUUCACCUAAAAAGUUACUUUAGAUCCUUAAAAUGACGAAUCCUGUCAAAGAAUUGAACAAAUAAUUUAGGAUUUAUUUUCAAGCCGCUGUUCCAACAUGUUGACGUUUCAUACGCUGUCAGAUUGAAGGACGUGUCAAUAUUUUGUGACAAAAAGACACAAAAAGAGAGUAUAUUUUGUCAAUGAUGUGUGUGUAGUACAUGCCAGUGUGUUUGAAGUCACCUUAGAAUAUGUAAUUAGUGAAGAGCAAUAUUUUUCAUCAGCAAGUGUCUGUGUAUAAAUAGGAGCUUGCAGUGACACAAGAUUGUACCCGAACGUGGGGGCAUUGCAACGUCAUCUUCAAAAGCAAAGAUGCAGGCAAUAUCAUGUGUGUUCCCCGUGUAACUACGACUACCGCUGCGGUCACCUGACGAUUGUUUCAGUCCUGGAUAUCACUGAGUCGACCCUCUCUGAUGUAAAGACGUGUGGUUGACUGAUCUCUAAAGCCUGCGUCCACGCUGCAUUACAACGCGGACUUCACCACCCAUUUGUUGCAAAGGAUGAUGCUUUGCCGACAGAGCCACCAGUAGGACGGACAAAGCUUUGCCACCGAGAGGACGUCUCGUGACGCCAGUAGCGGCAAACAGGGCGGACAAUUCCCUUGUCAAACUCUGAUUGACACCUGGAUGUUCACUAUAAGUUUUGGUCGCCAGAUUUGAAACCAACGUGCACACGGAUCCAGUUUUUAAACCUUUUGUGGCUAAAGUCAUGGAUAUUGGAAUCUGGGUUUGACCAGAUUUUGGACAGCUCAUCUGAGUCCCAGGUGGCGUCAGCAAAACGUCUCAUUGAAAACGUUGUUUCAAUUGGACCCAAACCUGUGGACUAAGAGUUAAUUGGAAGGACCUCCUCGAGGAAGCUCAAGGGUGAUACCAAGCUGUUGAUGUUGUGGUUGAUGGUGUUUUUUUGUUUACCUGAACUAAUAAUAUAUCUCCAUGGUUACAGAGUGCCAUUUCUACUUGACAACUGUUACUACUUAGCAUUAGAUAGAGCCGUUCUCGCUCUGUGUGGGUGUGGACUUUCGAACCAGAGUGACUGAAGAAAUGUUGUCUAAAAUCUGUCUGUUGUAGCUCGGGUUCCCCAAAAAGUCUGCAGCUCUGAGAUCGGCCACGUAAAGGGAAACACAGCCCGUUCUGGCAUUAUUUAUUUAUGAUUUUAUCCAAAUGUCUUCACAAAGAGACUGUUGACCCAGACAACUUUUACAUGUGCAAAAUAUUCCAAAAAGGACAUUACUCCUACUAAGUUGUUUGCACUUCUAAUGAAAGAAGUAGAUUACACUGAUAUUCCUGUUAACAUGCAGCGGUGCAUACUUCAAUAAAACGUCCUGUCUCCUAGAAAUUGUUCAUAAUGUUCAUAUACAACAACUUUAAAAAAGCAAAAAUGUUUUGAGUAGGGAUGGUAACAAUUAAGUGAUGAUUGAUUAAUUGGAAUUUAAUCAAACAUGAUAUUUAAUCGAUUAAUCGACAGGCUGUGAAAUGCUGUCAAAAUAUAUGUUGCUGUGAGC